AGAAAUUACUUAAUUUUUUAAAAAGGUAAGGGAACUCAGUUCCCCGAGUUCCUACUCAAAAAACCCCCACCUAGUUAUGAUUGUUUCCUCUGUUUUACAUUAUAAAAUAAUUUUAAAAAUACCAAAAAAAGAGGAAGCAGCAGAAAAAGAACACACCGGGAAAAUCCCCAAAAUUGGCACUGGUGUGCUGUGCUGUGGCGUCUACGCUUGUGUACUUGGCUGGAGUUCCUCAGCUUUGAGGCUGCUUUGGAGAAAAGCACCCCAUAGUUUUGCAGGUUCUCCUUUAAAACAUUUUCCCCCCUCUCUCCUCGCUCCCCACCCCACUUUUAUCCCAAACCCUCCUUUCUUCUGCCCUCAUUGCAGGCUGUCCCCUAAUGCAGUUCUCCUUCUGCAAAACUUCUCUCCCUCUCUCUCCCUCCUUCUUUCCCUCUCUCCUCCUCUCUCUCCUUUUCUCCCCCAUAGAAGUCUGCUGACUAAGAUUUGACAAAACCGAGGAGCCUGCAAUCCCGUCAGCAUUAUGCUGAUGAACUGGGGUUGGGAAAUAGAGGACAAGGAAGGAGGUUGAAAGGUGGGGGGAAACUCGAGGCACUCGGGGUGGGUGGGGCGGGAAUCCUCUUUCUCUCUCAGCGCCCCCCCCCCUCUCCUGCAUCAUCUCCAUCUCAACUUCGGCUGAGCUUCUGAGAUUUCUCUCUUUUUGCCCUGGGACGUCCCUCUUCUCAAGGAGAAACAAUGCUCCCUUCGAGGGCUGUGACCGGCACCUGCCUCCACCUUGCCGUCUUGAUCCUCUGCUUCCGGCUCGCGGCUCCUCAGAAAGGACGGAAGAAAGUCGUGCAUGUCUCAGAGGAUGACAGUGGUGCCGUCGUGGUGCAGACGGCGCCGGGGAAAGUGGUCACCCACCGGGGUGGCACCAUCAUCCUGCCCUGCCGCUUCCAUUACGAUGUCUCGGCCCACGACCCUGACGAGAUCCGCCUGAAGUGGACCAAACUGGUGGAGCCCAUGUCCUUUGAGGACGUCUUUGUGGCGAUGGGCGUGGAGCGCAGGGCUUUUGGGAGCUACAGGGGCCGCACAGCACUGCAGGAGGACGGCUCUGGGGACGCCUCCCUCAUCAUCCGGAACGUGACUCUCCAGGACUACGGGCGCUACGAAUGCGAGGUGACCAAUGAGCUGGAGGACGAUGCAGGGAUGGUGAACCUGGACUUGGAAGGGGUGAUCUUCCCUUACCACCCCCGCCUGGGGCGCUACAGCCUGAACUUCCAUGACGCCCAGCAGGCCUGCCUGGAGCAAGACGGGAUCCUGGCUUCCUACGACCAGCUCCACGAAGCCUGGCUGGAGGGCAUGGACUGGUGCAACGCCGGCUGGCUGCAGGACGGCUCGGUGCAGUACCCCAUCUCCAAGCCGCGGGACGAGUGCGGACGGAAGGAGACCCCCGUCGGGGUGCGCAACUACGGCUACCGCCACAAGGACGACGAGCGCUACGACGCCUUCUGCUUCACUUCGAAUCUGAACGGCAAAGUCUACUUCCUCAAGACCUACCGCAAGCUAAGCUUCCCAGAAGCUGUCCAGGCGUGCAAGAAGAACGGAGGCGCCGUGGCCAAAGUCGGCCAGCUCUACGCUGCCUGGAAGAUCCAGCUCUUGGACAAGUGUGAGGCCGGCUGGGUGGGCGACGGCAGCAUCCGCUACCCCAUCGUCAACCCCAGAAGCCGCUGCGGGGGCCGCGAGCCUGGCGUCCGCAACCUGGGCUUCCCCAACAAGAAAUACAAGCUCUUUGGCGUCUAUUGCUACAGAAGCACUACCAGUGGAGGGUCCAAGGCGGCCGCCAAGGAGGGAGCAGGCAAGUGGAAACCUUUGCAGGUGUAAACCAGGUCGGCUUUGAACGGACACGAAUCCUUGCAUCUCCCUCCAUCUUCCAGCCUCGAGGGACUGGGAGGGUUUUUCCUUGACCUUCCUCUGGAGAAGGAAACAAGUCCGCUGUGAAACAUGCAUUUGCUGGCCGAAGAGUCCC